UCAUGCUCCUUCCUCCCAUCCUGACGAAACUAGGGUUUCCCUUAUACUCUUGACAGUCAAAACGGGGAACACCAUUUUACAAAAUGAUUAAGCAUUUCGGGACCGGAAUCCUAUCAAAUACCCAAACUAACCUUGUUUAUUCGGUCAUCCAUGCCCUUAAUAGUCAAACACUGUACUUUUCUAAAACCCUGAAAAUGGAAUCCAAAUCCAAGAGACCCAUGUGCCCAUCUUGCUCCAAACCCGCCCCUCUCUGCAUCUGCAUCAGGAUCCGGAACCCGAGUCUCGACAACUCCGUAAGUGUAACCAUUCUUCAACACAGUUUAGAGAGAAAGCACGCUCUUAAUUCUACUAGAAUUGCUAAACUAGGUCUCAAGAAUGUCGCCGUGACAACUGUUUUUGACAUCGAUUUUGAAGCCGAAUUAACCAUUCAGUUACUUGAACCGGGUUUUGAAGAAGAUUCGGGUAGAAAUGGCAUAGAAAAUUCAGGUUUUGAUCGAGUAUUGGAAAGUAAAGAGAACCAGCAAAUGGUUUCUGAGGAUGUUGAUGGGAUUAUUUUGAAAAGAGAAAUGAUGGGUGAUUGGCAAUUUAAGGAAAGCACGAAGUGCCCCGUGGUGAAAAAGUCCAAUUUGGUUAAUUGUAGUGGAGGUUCAAAGAAGCAGAAGUGUUCUGAAAGUUUGGACCUUGUUGAAUUUUCAGAUAAGCUGACGAGUGAUGUCUGGUAUCUUCAGCCAGAAGAUGGAGAAUGCAGCAGCACAAAGAGGUUAUCUGAUACUGAGACCACUUUUAAGCACCUUACCAAAAGCCCCAAUUUAGAUACAAUCUUAGCUUGUAGUACUAUUCCCAAUCAGAAAGCUGUUAGCAGGUUUGCGGAGAAUAUUAUGCCACUGGGUUUUCAUCCAAACAGAGAUAUUCCAAGAUGCAGAAAGGAACCUCUUGUGACAGCAACAGUUGGCAAACAUGGUAUCAUCAGUGAUUUUUCCCAUGAUUUCAUGCUCCAAUCUCAUGGGAACAAGCUUAACUUUGACCAUAUUUUGGCCUCUCAGGUUGCCAUGGAUGCUCUGGCAAAAGGGUUUGUUGUGAAAAGAUGGAACAAGCUGUAUGGGACCAUGAAAAUGGAAGAACAUCAAGAGUUUGAAAUCGAGGUUCCUCCUGGUUCAGUACUUUUGUUCCCCAGUGAAAACGCAGUUAGUAUCAAUGAUCUUGAGGCUACCAAUUUCGAGGUGAAGAAUUUGAUUGUUCUAGACGGUACAUGGUCGAAAGCAAAGAGAAUAUAUGUUGAGAAUCCUUGGCUGAAGCUUUUGCCACAUCUGAGGUUGGAUCUGGAUACAAGUAGCUUGUAUAGUGAGGUCAGACACCAGCCAAAGGCUGGUUAUUUGUCCACCAUUGAAAGCAUUGUGUAUGCAAUGAAGGCAAUAGGGGAGUAUCCUGAAGGUUUAGAUGAUCUACUGGAUGUUUUCAAGUCAAUGGUAGGCGAUCAGAGACGGUGCAAGGCUGAGAGGUUAACCAAAAUCUCUGAAAACUGAGCAACUCUUCUGCUUGCUUUUACAGGCUGCAUUGACACAAUUUUGAAUUUUUGGUUGUGUAUACAGAUAUAUUUAGUUUCAAGCCAUAUAUAUUAUUUGAAAGCACUGAAAAUUGUAACCCCACUUUAAGAUUCAGUUAGAGUUGGUGACUAAUUAGG